UAUAGUGUGUGUGUGUGUGUGUAGGGACUCGUCUAUGUCGGCCUGGACUACUUCCCCUUGUCUUUGGCAGGGAGGGGCCUCAGAUCCUCUAAAAAGGGUGGAAAAGUUACAAAAAGUGCUUAUUCCGCAUUACAAUAAAGAUGAAGUUGUCCUUUGUCUUGAUUAUUUUACUAAGGAUCCCUCAUCUCAAAGGUCAGCAGAACAUCGAGGAGUUUGAGCACUUUCUGCUGAGACUGCGCUUCCCUUCAUUUUACAAUACUUACAACAAGUCCUGCUGUAAACUCUAUCCAGGAGGAUGUUACAAGCUCCUGGACAGUGCAGGAUUCACCUGUGAGCUACUAAAAGGAAGAGUUACAAAAACGGAGAAAGACGGCUGGAUCGAAUUUAAAAUAUCAAAUGUGCGUUUGGUGGACGGAGGAUAUUACAGAUGUAUUGUUCUGGGAACCCAGAACCACGUAUACCAGGAUUACUAUGUGGAGGUCUCUGAAGGUUCAGCUCAUGACAAGCAGUCUCAAUCUUCCCUGACAACAACUGUCAAAGCCCCCAACAUCUCCACAACACCUGGAGACGCCACCUUGCCGGCUCUGGCACAGGACCACAGCGACAGCGACAGGGUUCCAUGGAGUUUCAGUCUGCCACUAGCCGUCAUUGUGUCCAUUGCAGUGAUGGUUUUCAUCACUUCAGUUAUCGGGAUUGUUUGCUGCCAAGUGAAGGCCAAACCUAAACAGCCGUACAAAUAUGGAGAAGCGCCGCGUGAGUCACUGAAACAAGAGGCCACGGAAGUGAGCGGCACAGUCUACACGACAGUGGACUUCAGAGCUCACCCGAGACCAACAGAGGUGUAUGAAAACCUGAGGGUGCACGAAGCACAGCAGGGGUCCCCCGACUCCUCCUGCAGGGCGGAGAACGACGGGAUGGUGGAGUACUCAACACUGGCAAUCCACCAGUGAAUCCACCUUCAUUUGGGAUUUUAAUGAGACCGAUUUUGCAUUUGCCACUGUUGGAAAUGUUCCAGUACGAGUCAUGCUUGCUACUCAGACAGGGCAGAGUUUUCAUCCGGCAGGGAGGAGCCAACAAAAACAUACAUUUGUGGGAAAUUGAAAUUGAAAAUUGGAUUCAUUUUCGGAGCUUGACCCCUGUAAUAAUGAUUAAGCAUCUGCAUGACCUGCUCCUUUUGUUUUAACUAUUCUUUUUUUCAUCUUUACUGAGUCCCCUAACUUUAUGGAGGUGCGAUAAUAAAACAUUUAACUACCCUGUGUAUAUA